AUGGCCACAAAAGAACAAAUAUAGGAAGUCCAAUAAUAUAUGAAAAUUAAAGAUUUUUAUGAAAUUUUAGGAAUCCAAAAAUCUGCUACAGAAGAAGAAAUAAAAAAAGCUUAUAAAAAAUAAGCCCUUAAAUUUCACCCAGACAAAAAUUAAGCCCCAAAUUCAAAAGAAGUUUUCAAGAAAAUCGCUUAAGCAUAUGACUGUUUAACAGAUCCUCAAAAACGCGCUUUUUACGACAAAUACGGAGAUUAGUAACCCGAAUAACAUUAUAAUUAAUACCGCCAACAAUUUAAUGAUGAUAUAUCUCCUGAGAAUAUAUUCAAUAUGUUUUUCGGAGGAAUGAAUCCAUUUGAAAAUGGCCAAUCAGGGGUAUAUUAUAGAUAAUAAUAUUAAUAAUAAAGAUAAUAAUAAUAGUAUUAAUAGUAGUAAUAAUAAUAAUAAGGAAAUAAAAAAGGAAGUAAUAUAUUAAGACUUUUAUAAAUGUUACCUUUUUUCCUUAUAUUUUUCGGUGGAUUUUUAUCUAAUUUAUUAAAAGAAGGUCCUUUAUAUUCUACAGAAUAUUCUUUUACACAUAAUAUUAAAAAAUAUACUUCACAAUUAAAAACUACUUAUUAUGUAACAAAAAACUUCGAAUAAAAAAUUACUUAAGAACCGAGUUUUCUCAAAAAUGUAGAAUAAGAAAUUGAAAAAGAUUAUAUUAAAAAACUAAUCACGGAAUGCUCUAAAAAUUAGUAGUUAUAAAGAGUACUUUAGGCAUAAUAAAAAAUUGCAUAAAAUGAUAAGUAAAAAGAUUAUUAUGAAAGAGAAUUAAAAAAAAUUAAUCUAAAAAGUUGUAGAUUAAUUGAAGAUUAUGAAUUAUAGUUAGGAGUAGAUAUAAAUAUGAUGUAUAGUUGA